CACACAUCCUUGUGUGAUGUUGUUGCUGUCAGUCCAUUAAUUAUUUUAUUUUACAGAGAAGAGAAAUGAGGCCUUCAGUAUAAUGACAUGCUGCAUGUUAGCACUGUCAGUCUUGGUUGUCGUCGCUGCUGGUCCUGCGUAUGUCCGUCUCCUGCCUCAGGACUGUCAUGAGAUCUACAGGGGUGGUAUUAAUCGUAGUGGAGUGUACACCAUCUACCCUUCAGACAACAGCCCUGUACAGGUGUACUGUGAGAUUGGCUGCUCUGAGGAUUCAGUCCAAGGAUGGACCGUGAUUCAGAGGAGAAUAGAUGGCAGUGUGAAUUUCUACAGGAGUUGGGAGCAGUACAAAAAUGGCUUUGGGAAUAAGAGUGGAGAAUACUGGCUGGGUUUAGAGAACCUCUACAAGAUGACCCAUAACAAGCUGUACGAGCUGCAAGUGGACCUGGUGGACAAUGAUGAGGCGAAAGCGUCUACUCUUUACACAACGUUCUCUGUGGGUGGUGGAAGCAACUACGUGCUCCAAGUUGGAGGCUUCGUAGAUAAAGGAGCAGGUGACUCUCUGAGUUAUCACAGUGGACAGAGAUUCUCCACUUACGAUAAUGAGCAGAAUCCAUACGGCUGUGCUAGAUCUUACUUCAGCGGGUUUUGGUUUAAUGCUUGCCACUAUGCAAACCCAAACGGUAUAUAUCUGGGGAGGCAGGACAGCACCUAUUUCGCCAUCGGAAACGUGUGGUAUACCUGGAGAGGUUAUGAAUACGGCCUCAAGUCCAUCACUAUGAAAAUCAGACCUGUGUCUUAAACACAUAGAGCCGAACUCCUGAAAAUAAAGCAACACUGUCGGGUUUUUAUUUUUCUAGAUUUUCUUAAUUGGGAUUAAAUAUGCAAUUAUCGGGUUUAUGAAGAAAUACUAUAUGUAUCAUUAAUCCAGUGCAUUAUAAAAAACAAAUAUUAAAUCUAUGCCCUCAU